AGCAACUGAGACCAGAGGGACUAGGAAACAGAGAGCUACUGCACAUGGCUCUGGACUUGAUGCAUUGUGGGAGAUUUAGCACGGGACACCUGAGAAUUAUCAGACAGAGGUAGAAGAACUACCUGUAAAGAUUUGGGAGUAAAGAAGAAGAUCCAAACCUGACCUUAUCAAUCUCCUCUUGGGUUUUUCUUUCACUCUGCAUCCCUCCCGCAGGGUGCAUGGUUUUUGGAAACUCAUCUGCAUGUUCUGGAAAAAAAAUUCCCAACUUUUUAUGAAGCUUUUCCACACAACUUUACUGGAGACUGGAUCCACCGCUCAGUGUGAGAAACAGCAGGACAAGGGGGGAAUAUUACCAUCCAUCUCCAGCCCACCCGCCAGCUUUUGGACAACCCCUCCUCUCUGCCUCUUCUUUUGCCCCCUGUACCCCCCCACUCCCUCCAUCCCUCCUUCCCUCCCUCCAUCUACACCUCACCCCCCAACAGAGCAGAAAGCGUGAAAAAUCUCACUAAUGGGUUUAUUUGCUGUCAGAUCUGCGCCGAUCUGUCAUUCCCUUGGACCAUUCUGCUUGACACAUUUCAUAGUUGAGUAAGCCUCCUGGCUUUCUGGCUAGAGUUAUAACACAGUGCCCCUGCAACGCUGGCUGAGCGCUCAUCAAGAGGGAUAGCGGCGGCGGCAGCAGUCAGUCUGACAGUCUUUUGGACAGGGAGUCCCUGAAGCUGCAUUCCUACAGUCUCCUCUGAGUUUGUGAGCCUUGUGGGCAUCCUCAGCGUGUCCCUUUGCAGGAGAUCCAGGCUGGUUUCUGCAGGAAUUCCGGUGCUGAUUUGAUAGAUAGUGUGAAGAUGUGGUGUGGGGCUGGGCCUCUGGCCGUGGUGGCUGCAGUGUUUUGGACUCAGUGUGUUCUUCUGAAUGGGGUGGAUGCCAAGAAGGAGAGAAAAAGGCCAAAGGAGGGCACACCACAACACACAGAGACCUACAACGCUACCAUGUCCAACAGCGAAGAGGUCGGUGGAAGCGUCAAGGUUCCUGACAACCAGCGAGUGGAUCCACUGGGAUCAUGGAUGGACUUUGUUAAAAGACCUGUUGGCAACUUUCCUGGAAAGUGUCGCAAACGCAAACGACCCCUGCCCGGCCCCCCUGGUCCUCCUGGUCCUCCCGGCCCUCAGGGACCUCCUGGCUCUCCUGGAGCAGAAGUGACCCAGGAUAUUCUUCUGCAGGAGUUCAAAGACAUGAUUAAAGAGGCUACAGAGAGGCGAGCAGCAGCGUUGGAGAGGCAGGCCAGCCCCAGCCAGCUUCCCACAGCCCUCCUCACCUUGGAGGGGAUGACCUCGUACCGGCGAAUAGAGGAGGCUUUCCACUGCAAGCUCAAAGGACCCGUGGUGGUCGACAAGAAGACUCUGGUGGAGCUGCAGAACUUUCAGACACCGCCAGCUAAAGGAGCCUUCCUCAGAGGGUCGGGAAUGGACCAGUCCACCGGGAGAUUCACCGCUCCCAUCACUGGGAUCUACCAGUUCUCUGCUAAUGUCCACAUUGACCACAAUGAGGUGAAGAGGAGCAAGAGUCAGCUGAAGGCCAGGGAUAAUGUUCGGGUCCUGAUCUGCAUUGAGUCACUCUGCCACAGAUACACCUCACUGGAGAUGAUUGUUGGUUUAGAAAGUAACAGCAAGAUAUUUACUGUCAGCGUUCAGGGGCUGCUGGAGCUACAGGCCGGGCAGUACACCUCCAUAUUUGUGGACAACGCAGCAGGUGCUUCCAUCACAAUACAGAACGGUUCAGAUUUUAUGGGCAUGCUGCUUGGUGUAUAGCCCCGUAAAAUGAACAGGGGCUCAUCCAAGCCCUCCACUGCUGCCAAUUUCUUUUUGUCUUUUUAUAUUUGUAUUUCAAUGGACUGCUCAAGAGCACCUUCACACAGUACCAAACCACAGGGGAGGUUUGAAGGAAGGAAGGAAGGAAGGAAGGAAGAAGGAAGCGAGGCUGACAUGGACUUGACUGCUUGUCAGACGGUGAGAGGACAGUGUGAAGAACGCGAGGACUGAGUUUGUUUUUCACAGUGCAACACUUCCCUGAGGACUGUUGCUUCACCAAUAAAGUAGCCUGAAAAUAAGCCGUGAAUACGUCUGUAACGGUAUAUGUUAUCGUGCUUGUUGAAGACCUUUGCAGUAAGCCAACUAUCGAUGUUAUUAAUGUUCCCUGGAUAGAGCUGGGGAACACUAGAAAGUACAUUUGUGUUUAAUGUAUAGUGGACAUGUUAAUGCUUUUUGUCUACAUGAUCUAUGCACACAUUCAUGAGCUAUAGUUCUGUUUUUAUCAUAGAUUAAAUCUCACAUUUAUAUAUGUUAUCUGGUACAUAGACUGUGAGUACACUGGACAAUGGAAACAUGCUCAACAGAGAAAAUAUGGCCUAACGAGAUGUUGUCCCACAAAUGUAAUGAUGACAUACUUUUAACUAUUACUUCAUUUUUAGCCAUGCUAACUCCGUGGCAAUGGCCGUCGUCACCGUUUUGGUUCAUAUCUUAACAGCUAUUUGAUGGAUUGCUAGGAAAUGUUGUACAGACAUUCUUGGUUGCAAGAGGAUGAAUCCCUCUGACUUUGAUAGUUGUGUGAAAAAUCACUACAACUAUUAUAGGCCACGAAAUUGGUUCCGACAUGCAUGUCCUGCUCAGGAAGAACAAGGGUUAAGGCUUGCUUAAAGACUCAACUAGGAUGGUUAACAUUAUAUAAGGCAAAACAUGGAAAAUGAUGGUGACUCGCGUAAAGAUUUAGAUGCUAGCAUGGCUGUAGGCGAUUGUAGCGUAUUCACAUUACAACGGAAAAACUCCAGGACUCCAAGUAUGACGACAAAUAUAAUAUGUGAUGCAUCCAAAUGCAAUUGUUGACAUCUGAUUAUGAGAUGUGUGUGAAACAUUCAACUGACCCAAAAUGCAAUGCAUCCAUUUAGACUUUGCAAUGGCAGACCGUGAGGCAGAUGCUGUACAUUAGUACAUUAGCUGGACCUAUAGGUUCUGACACAGAAGUCCAAAUCUUGCUGAACUAAACUGCACCACCUCAGCUACAAUGGUGGUGUUGUUAGCAUUAGAUGGUUUGGUUUCAGAGACUCAAUCAAUGUUUUUUUAACAAACCUUGUAGCUGCAUGUGCAUGCUUAUAUUUCACCGACCAAAUAUCUGUUUUGUCUUGACUCGAUAUGGCAAUUUCGAUCAUGAUCUUACAUAAACUAAAGUAAUUCAGUCUUUCAGUUUAAGAAGAGGGCGAUGCAGAUUGUCUGUCUGUUAGUAAAUUUGAACUGUGUGUGUGUGUGUGUGUAUUACUGCUCCACUCUCACAACACAGCCUAUCAUGGCGGAGGUGCAUGCAAAAGCUUUUCCGCAGUAAUCUGAAUACAGCUUUAGUUUAAAUGUGUCCGACCAAUCGAGCACUGACUGAGAGAGCUGUAAGAGAAUUUUUUUUAACCUUUUAAGAUUAUUUUUACAGUAUUUUGUGCUAUCAUUUAUCAUCUGUUUGUUGUUUUGUAUUUUAUCCAUUUCUUGUCGUAUAGAUGUUUGUAAUUUAUAAUACACAGGUAUCAUUGAAAGCAGUGACAUUUGAUAUGGUAUUUAUGUUUGAGGAAAUGUAUGAAUCACUUGUUGGUUGACACUCUUCAUGGACUCCAGAAACAACAGAUUAUUGUACAAAUAAAAUUAUAUCUUUUUGCUAUUUUUUUAUUACCCAUACUAUGCUGUCAUUUGAAGAUUAAACAUUUUAAAAUGUACAA